AUGGAUCUCUUCGAGCCUUUGGAGCCGGAGCGGCCAGGGCCUUUUGCUCAUCCAACCCGCUGGGGUCGAGCAGAGCACGCGACGCAGGCUACAGAGGGGAUGGGUCCUCCACCGGGCCUGGCGUAUGACAGCUCGCCCAACGUGGAUCCAAAGGCUUUGGGCGAGGUGCCUGAGGACUUCAGACCUGAGCCUGGCUUCCGGCGCGAGCCCGACUUCCCUUCCCGGCCGCGGGCACAUGAUGAAAGCGACGAAGAGGAAGUCCAGAACUUUGGCGCCAUGGUCGCCGUUCAGGACACCAGUCAUCCCUGCAUCAAUGGACACCAAAGCCGAAGCUGCCAAAGCUCCUUCGACAAGGACGGACGACCUGAGAUUGCGGCAUCACGAGCCCGCAAUGAUAGAGUUGGAGCGGAACUUCAGAACAGACCUCCUUCAAAUCAAGGAUCUCUACUUUGA